AUGGAUAAUCUGCCAGUCCUCAGGGAUUCCCACACUGGACAGAUACCUCGGCUUUGCUACGGAGAUCCUUUUGCCACUUUUCCAGAGAUCCCCACCCAGUUUCCUGGACCUGAAGAUUUGCCUCUUUUUGCUUUAUCAUCAGAUCAGUUGACUGUGGAGAAUUUCUACAAUGAUUCGUGUGGUUUCCCAUUUCAAAUUUCCUGUGGGAACAUUGGUAGUUGUGAAUAUUCAUGCGGUCCAGCAUUCAUCCGGAAAAGGAAUGAAAGGGAAAGGCAAAGGGUGAAAUGUGUUAAUGAAGGAUAUGCAAAACUGAGACACCAUCUUCCUGCUGAAUACUUAGAGAAACGCCUCAGCAAAGUAGAAACACUCAGAGCUGCAAUUAGAUACAUAAGAUAUCUCCAAUCUGUGCUGUGCAAUAAUUCAGAGGAGAAUAGCAGGGAAGCUUGCUGUCCUCCCCAAGAUACCUCUCCAAGUGAUCCCAUUAGAAGGUCUUCAUAA